AUACCCUUUGAGAACCAACAAUUAGGUAUUGAGAAAGAGUAUAUCGGAGUAACCAGAAGAAACCUGAAAGUACGACUAAAGGAGCACAAAUAUAGUAUAAAUAAAAAACUGAAUAGUACGAUAUUAGCAAGUAUGGCACAGGCAGACGGAUCAGUAGUCAAAUGGGAUGAAGCCAAGAUUGUUAGGACGGGACACUCACCUUCCAUCGCAAUGGAAAUGGAGAAAAUAGAGAUUUACAGAAGUAAGAUGAGGGACAGAUGCCUAAAUGCAAAAGAUGCAAAAGCAUUACCAACGGCUUGGAAAUAUAAAAUUGAGAAAAAUAUGGGUUUUAAUAAUCCAUAAACAUUUUCAUGUUCUGGAGUUUUUAGUAUUUCAAACUCAAAGUUAUAAAUUUUCUUUUAUUUUAUUGUUAAAUUGAAACGCGAUUUUUAGAUUACAUUUUAUCAUAUAUUUAGUUUAAUUUAUUUAUUAUACAUAAAAGUUGUAAUAAGUUCAAAUUCAAACGAAUUUCGAACGAAUGAUUCCAUUACAACGAAAACUAUUAAAACCUGAAGAUGGCCUAUACGAAUUGGCCGAAAACGUUUGGAAUAAACAAAAAUAACUCGGCAAAAAAUUCAGAUGUAUAUUGAAGAAGUAUAAUUAAUCACAGUAUGCAUCAUUCAAAUCGUUGUGCCUUAACAUCAUGUUCAGCUCCAUUGCCUUCAGGGAAAAAAUAUGUUGCCAUAGAAUUAUUGACCAAAGAAAUACUUUAUUUUGUUGUCGAUUUAAAAACAAAAGGACAAGAAUUAUUUGAACAAGUCUGUAAUUAUUUGGGUUUAAAUGAUUCAGAAUUGUUCGGUUUGGCUCUUUACACAGGAGAUGAAUAUCAAUUCAUAGAUCCAACAUUAAAGAUCUCCAAAAUAGCACCAAAAUCAUGGAAAGCACAACAUGGUUAUGGAGUUGAUGAUUCUGGAAAACCAUUAUUAACUCUGCAUUUCAAGAUUCAAUAUUAUGUAGACUGCCAUCUUCUUAUCAAUGAUAAAAUAACAAGGCACUUCUACUAUCUGCAAUUAUUACAAAAUGUAAUAAACUACUCACAAUCUCUUAGCAAAGAAAGAGCACUCUUGCUUACAGCUUAUGCACUUCAAGCUGAUUUUGGAAAUUAUAAUAGAGAUAGACAUAAAGAUAAAUAUUUUGAUCCUAAAAAAUAUUUUCCAGAAAGAAUAAUACAGAAUUUAGGAGAAGAAUAUAUUAUUAAACACACACCAGCAAUGCAUAAAGAUAAUACGUCACUAAGUCGAGGAGAAGCUCAAGUUAUGUACAUAAAAGAAGCUUCUGACAGUACAGCUCCUCAUAAUUUACAUUUUUAUAAAAUGCAUAGGAAAAAAACAAAAGCUGAUUCAAAUGUGUGGUUAGCUAUUUGUGCCAAAGGAAUUGAAAUAUAUGAGGAAAAUAAUUUAGGAUUAAAGAGCAAACUAUCAACAUUUUUAUGGCCUGAUAUUGCAAAACUUUAUUUUGAAAAGAAAAAGUUUGAGAUUCGUUCAGUUGGUUGUCCAGAAGAACGGAAAUUUACUUAUUAUGCUAGUUCUGAAGACUUAGCUAAAAGCUUACUAUGGUUAUGUAGGAUGACUCACCAAUUUCAUAUGGUUACACAAACCCGUGUACAAGAAUUAAAACAAUUAGAAUUAGAAGGGCAUAAACCAUAUAGGGAAUCUUAUAUAUAUAGUGAUAGUCUUGAUAUGGCUUGGGAAAAACGACAGAGAGAACAUCAAGAUCAGUCUACAUUACAGUGUUCUGUUUCUCGACUGAAAAAAAUGAAUACUACCAAUAAUAGUAAUGAACAAAGGGUUUCAGUUAUCAGUAGCACAUCAUCUAAUACUACAUCAGGAAUUGUUUCUGAUCGAAUUCAAAGUUUUGAUGAAAGUGAAGGUAAUUUGGAAAUUAAUGAAAUUAUAUGUAUUCCCCCUUCUGCAACUGUACCAGCAUUAACCACAAAAAAUGAUAUAGAAAUCGAAAAUUUAACUCCACUUAUAUCUCAUAAUUUAAAUGUAACAUCUGUAAAAAAUAGACAACUUGGAAUGGAAAAUAAAGAUAAUGGAUCACAAUGUAGCGAACGUAGUGAACAUUCAUCUUCAGUUGAAUCAGGCAUGGGUGAUCAGCUUAGUGUUCCCUCAAGUGGAUAUUGGAAUACUGAUGGUAAGAGAACAACACCUACAUCAUCCUUGUUAUCUGGUGGAAGUUAUACAUCAUUUACUGACAGUACUCACAGUUCUUCAUCUCAGCUUAGUGCAAUUACAGUUAAAGCAAAUCUUAUAUCACCAAGAGUUGGUGCAUUUUCUAACAGAAAUUGCUGUUGGAAUUCUUGUUGUUCUAAUAUGGUUAAUGAUGAUGAUUCCAACAGUGAUAAAAUUAAAAAUUUUACCAAAAAAGAUGUGAAAAUGAUGGAUGUAAAACCUCAAUGUAGUCUUGUUGAACAAAAUCAGAGUAUUAAAAAUAACAGCAAUACAAAAAAUGGUUUUAACAAAUUAUCUCCUCAAGAAAUAGAACUUUUGUUGGAAAAACAACUAUAUCAAAGACAACAAUGUAUUCACAAAUACAUGCAUAAUACAUUGCCAUCUCUUUCUUUUUCUGAUAAAGAAAUUUCUUCAUCUUCAUACUUGGAGAAACCCUAUGAUCAUGUUCAUGUGAUUGGUGCACUCUGCAAUAAAAAAAAUCUGAAAGAAACUUCUAUUAGUAGACAAAAGAAUUUUGGAGAUAACUCUCAUUCCCCAUUAUAUUCAUCCACGCCUACAAUUUCUCACCAAUCACAGAUUUUUAAUCAAGAACCUUAUGCAAAUUAUUCAUCAUCACUUAAAUUUCAAAGUCUACCAUUACAUUCAGUCAUUAAUCCAGUUGCAUCAACUUCUCACUUGCACACUCGUAAUGCUACAAGAAUUGGAGUUUCAUCGCUGACCAGGCAAAGAAUUCCUCUGUCAAUAUUUAAUUACAACAGAGUGCCAAUGAUGACUACAGCCUCAGAACCAAAUCUCUGUUGCUCAAAUGCAUUGCAUGAGCAUCACUGUAUCUCUUCUAUAAAUUCCAAAGCUUCAUCAAACAAUUCUCUUCAGGAAGGGAAUUCUAUGGUUCAAAAUUCAUCUUGUGACACAGUAGAAAAAUUAUUAGACAAUUCGCCAUAUUCAAACUGUACUCAAUCAGAAAACAAUUUAGAUACAGUUGAUUUUUGUAAUAAUACUGAUUCAUCAUUAGAUCUCAACAAUUUUCCUUGUAUACCUCCUCCUUUAGCCUAUAGAACUUCAAGUGAUAAAGGUGUUGAUGAUAUAAAUUUACCAAGACAUUGUAUAGAUGAAAUUCAUUCAUGUCAUCAAAACUGUGUGCAUAGAAAUAUUCCUGUUACGUAUUUUUCAAAAAGCUUAGAAUCAUUACCUUCUUUCAUUGAUGGUAAACAACUGAUUUCAAAAGAUACGAAUAGUUCUUGUUCUACGGAAAGAUUGAUUAAAUUUGCAAGAAAAUAUGAAAGUAUUCCUUCACUUUUUAAAAAUGGAAUUCCUGAUUCGACGGAUAUCCUAGAUCUGCAACAAUUAAGAGAAAAAAGCAGAGAUUUAGAUCUUCCUCUGAUAUCUGCACUCUGUAACGACCGUUCUUUGUUGAUGCUACCAAAGACAGUUCCAACUUGCAGUCGACAGCGCCAUAUGGGAACUAAGGAUUUUAGAAGGUUUUCUUGUAGUUACAUCAACUCUCUGCAAUCCAGCCGGAUGAAGAAUCUGUCGGAGAUGACGAAGUCAUCUUUCGGUUCUCUCGAUAGACCUGUUAGUUGGCAUUUAGAGUCAUCCGAUUAUUUGUGGUUGAAAGAUUUAACUCGCUUUUCUGAAGGGAACAAGACAAUUUUGAAUCAAGAUACUGGAUCGAGCUUAUCAAACGAAUUUAAUAAUACGUAUCCCUUUGCAUCGUCUCAUUUUCAUUCGGAAUUACAUCAUUCUCAUACGACGUAUUGUCAACAUCCGUCUUCAAUAUUUGCAUCAUUUUCAACACUGAGCGACGAUCAUCUGAAUAAUGGUUAUUUUGAGCACUUGAAUAAAAAUAUACAUGCUCAGAGGCAACUAAUACCAAGAAAGCUAUCUUUUGCUCAGGGUUGUAAUGGAAGAUUAUAUGCAAAAGAACAAGCCAGUUAAUAUUUAUUCCAGAAAAAUGCCAUCAUGUGAUUUUGUUCAUAAAAAUAUAGUAAAUGUUCACAACAUUGGUAAAUUUAAUAUUGAUGUAUAUAUUAAUAUCUGUAAACGGACGACGAUGAAAUUCUUAAUUUGUAUAUUAAUACUGUUAUGGUGUUUAGAAAGUGUUGUCAUUUGAUUAUAUUUUAUUAAAUUUUGUAAAAAAUGUUGUUAUAUUGUAUUCUUAUUGAAUAACUUGGGAUAUUUAAUAUUCCCUAAUGUUAAAAUAUAUAUAUUUUUUUCUUUUGUAAAAUUAGGUGAUGAUGAACAUUUGAAAUUUAUAUCAAUAAAAUUGUUAUUGUUAU